AUGCCAGCACCAGUUUACCGCUUCGCCCUGCUGGCCAUCAGGCAGAUGUCUAAGCCGAUGGUUAGUCGUACCGUGAAAAAAGCCCAACACGGGGCGAGUAUCACACGAACAGUCUGCCUUCGACUUGGACACUUGUCUGCAGCCAUUUCCUCUGUCAUGGCGAGGUGGCAUGUGGAGGAAAAACACAAACCAAGUCCAGUCAACUCGUCGAAGCAAGACAGUGCCACCGGAGAAGGCUCCACAUCGACAUUUGGAAAAUCAAAAGAGGACCGAGCGGUCACGGUGGCGCCGCGAGUGCGGUCAUUGCUUGGUUCCACACCUUCGAGCAGAGGUGGAAGGAGUCGUAGCGGUCGAAUUUUCUUUUCAUCGCGGCCCAUGAGAACGGUGUGGCAAACUUUUAGGGAAGGUUACUCCGCUUCCUUGUCGGAGGAACACCUUGUAGCCGCAGGAGCUGAGCUCCUCAUUGAGUUGCUGGUGUAUUUCAUUCUUGCGUUUGUGUUGUAUGCUGAAAUUACCUCGAGCGCAAAGGCCUCUGAGGCGAAGGAAAGACGCCUACUGCAGCGAAUUGACGCCUUGGAACAAAAGGUGAAUGAACUGGUUGAGGCCAACAAACACAUGGAUUUGGCAGCGCUUGAGGUUGCGGUGCAUGUAGAGGAGCCCCGGGGUCUCCGUUGGGUUUGCCAUAAGUUUAAUGAUGUUGCAAAAAAGGCACUUGGAACAUAG